AUGGCCAGUCUGCUCAUGAGAAUAUUUUCAACUGAUUGCCAUUGUGACUGGAACAUCCACAGUGUGUCAUGUUUUGGAGCUGAGGUCAUGCCUGUUUUCCAUUCCAGCACACAGGAGGUAUGGCUUGUUGGGUCAAAACUUUCUUCUAUUCCUCAGAAUGCCUUUGCCAACUUGAACAACAUUUCUCACAUAUACAUCUCUGAUGAUGAUACUUUAAGAUAUCUUGAGAAGCAUUCUUUCCACAACCUGUCCAGGGUCACCCACAUACAGCUAACUGGGAUGAAAAUACUGUCAUACAUUGACCAAGAAGCAUUUAAGGAUCUGCCUAAUUUAAGGUACCUUGGAAUCACCAACACAGGUCUCACCUCCUUUCCUGGGCUACAAUAUAUUCAGUCCAGCCAAGAGGAUUUUAUAUUGGAGAUAGUGGAGAAUGCCUUCAUACAAGUCAUACCGGCUAAUUCUUUCUCUGGAAUAUCUAAGAAUGCUCUGACCAUAAUGCUGAAUAGCAAUGGCGUGAAAGAGAUCCAACGUUAUGCCUUCAAUGGUAGCAGACUGGAGGAAGUGUAUCUUCACAGGAAUGUGGACUUGGAACAAAUAGAUGAAUUUGCAUUUUAUGGUGUGAUUCACGGCCCAACUCACUUGUGAGUAAAUUACAUGUACAGAAUUUGCUACAGAAAUUAAUGCUCUUCAGAACACAGAAAAAAUUAUUUGCUUUACAUUUUCUUACAUCAAAUAAUAUUUUUGCAUUGGCUAUCUUCAUUUGCCACUGCAGCACAAAAUGAAUUUGGGUACAGGAGCAGCUUUAGCUUUGUGUCCAAAUGAAUGAAACUUAACUCUUUGUCUGUCUUUGCAGAGACC